CAACCAACCACCGCCAGCCAUCUACGAAAAGUAUGAAACUUCACUGGAUAGAUGCUUGUGUGGCACUGAUUGUGAGAAAUGGUGAGUUGCACCAGGUGCUGCCUCCAGAGUUCCAUGAGGGUAGUCAACCUUUUUCUCAGUCUGUGUGGGAUUGGGAUGAUCAUUUACACCCUUUGGCUGCUCAAGAAGUGGCAAGAUGGGGUUGCCCUGCUCUCAACUGUUUCAUCUCUACCAAGACCCUGGUUUAUUUACACAUGUUUAGCAGUGGGAAUUGCUGUCUCCUUGAGCACCCUAUCUGGUCAUAUGGUUGCUAAUUGUAUCAGCAAUUAUACACUCUGCAUAUACAUUGUCUCCAUUUGCUCUCUUCUUUUCCUAGAAGUUGGUGUGAUUGUCACUAUUUUCUUCAGGAUGGAUUGGGAACAAAAAAUUGCCAAGUACAUUGAUGGGAACCAUAAAGAGUUCAGGACUUUUGUGAUCUUCCAUCUACACAUGUGUCGCUUCAUUCUUAUCAUGAUUUUGGUACCCCAGAUCAAUGUGAUUGUGCUGGCUAUUAUUCUUUGGGGCAUAGGUACUGAGCCAAGCACUCACUGCAGCUAUCUGGAUAUAUCUGAUUUUAAUCAUUCAUUUCUUUUGAUACCCAACUCCCCAAUAUUCGAUGAGACAAGGCAAAUAUGUAGAAAAUGUAAAUUCUUGUGCAGAGCAAAUCCAGGGGAAAGCCUUCUUUCAUAUAUUAAGGGCCUUCUUAGAAUGAGAUUUCAGGGAAGAAUCAGUACUACUUAAAUUGUGAUUUUGUAAAUAACU